AUGGAGUGCGAAAAGACAAAGGAACAAUUUGCGGAGGAUCUUAAAGUGCUCGAAGAUGGACAAGCCGUAUUUCAGAAGGAAUUCGUAGAGCUGAAGAAGGCCAAGGCCGACAAGGCCAAGAUCGAUGAAGUGCUGAACCGCCUCAAGGAUGGCAAGGAGAAGAUCGCUGCGCUGCAAAAAGAGUUCAAGGCGCUGUACCCUGAGGACACACUCGGAGGCAAGGCCAAGGCGAAGCCUAAGGAAAAGAAGGAGCCCGUCGUCAAGAAGGAGAAGUUCGAGGUCGAGGUAGCCACCUACACCCUGCCCGAGGAGCUCCUCCCCGGUGUGGGCGUGGAGAGCACAAACCCUAUCUUGCCUGUGGACGACAAGCGCAACAUCCUCAUCACCAGCUCGCUGCCCUAUGUAAAUAACGUUCCUCAUCUGGGCAACAUCAUCGGCUGCGUCCUCAGCGCUGACGUCUUCGCCAGGUACUGCCGUCUCCGUGGCCACAACGUGAUCUACAUCUGCGGCACGGAUGAGUACGGUACGGCCACCGAGACCAAGGCCCUCCAGGAGGGUAUGACCCCGAUCGAGGUGUGCAACAAGUACUACAAGGUGCACAGGGAGAUCUACGAGUGGUUCGGCUGCCAGUUCGACAAGUUUGGCCGUACCACAACCGAACAGCAAACCACGAUUGCGCAGCAGAUCUUCCUUGACAUCCAGAAGAACGACUACCUGCUCACCCAGACGCUGGAGCAGCUCUACUGCCCUACGUGCGCCAAGUUCUUGGCGGAUCGCUUCGUCGAGGGCACCUGCCCCAAGGAGGGAUGCGGCUACGUUGACGCCCGAGGCGAUCAGUGCGAUCAGUGCGGAAGCCUUCUCAACCCCAUCGAACUCGUCAACCCGCGUUGCAAGACCUGCGGCACCACGCCCGAGCCUCGCUUCUCGGAGCACCUGUUCCUGGACCUGCCGCGGCUCGAAGGGCAGCUCAACGAGUGGGUCGACAAGUCCAUCAGCCAGGGCACGUGGUCGCAGAACUCCAUCUCGACGACCAAGGACAAGUGGCUCAAGGAGGGUCUCCAGCCGCGCUGCAUCACCCGCGAUCUCAAGUGGGGCACCCCCGUGCCUCUGGACAAGUACAAGGAGAAGGUCUUCUACGUGUGGUUCGACGCGCCCAUCGGCUACAUCUCCAUCACCGCCAACUACACCGAAGAGUGGGAGAAGUGGUGGAAGAACCCCAAGAACGUGGAGCUCCACCAGUUCAUGGGCAAGGACAACGUUCCCUUCCACUGCGUCAUCUUCCCGGCCUCCUUGAUGGCCACCGGCGGCGACUGGACCCUCCUCCAUUCCAUCAGCACCACCGAGUACCUCAACUACGAGAACACCCAGUUCUCCAAGAGCAGAGGUACGGGCGUGUUCGGUGACGCGGCCAAGAACACGGGCAUUCCGGCCGAAGUGUGGCGCUACUACCUGCUGGCCAACCGGCCCGAGACGUCGGACAGCGACUUCAACUGGGAGGACUUUGGUGCCAAGAACAACAACGAACUGCUGGCCAACCUGGGCAACUUCGUCAACCGCUGCCUCAAGUUCACCAAGGACCGCUUCGCGUCGACCGUGCCCGCGCUCGGCCAGCUCACUGAGGACGACCAGACCCUCAUCAAGGAGGUCGACGAGCAGCUCGAGGUCUACGUCAAGGAGCUUGACCUCGCCAAAAUGAAGGCGUCGCUCCAGGCGGCCAUGCAUAUCUCGAGGCUCGGCAACUACUACCUCCAGAAGCAGGAGCCCUGGGUCCUCUUCAAGACCGACCCGCAGCGCUGCGCCACCGUGGUUCACGUGGGCCUCAACCUCGUCAAGCUGCUUACGGCGCUGCUCGAGCCGUUCAUGCCCCACUUCUCGGAGAAGGUGCUGCGCCAGAUGCAGCUGGACCACUCCCAGAUCCCCGACCGCUGGACGUUCGAGGUGGCCGCCGGCCACGUCAUCAGCGACGCCGUGCCCAUCUUCCGCCAGAUCAAGGAGCAAGAGCUCAAGGAGUUCGCCCGCCGCUUCGCCGGCAAGCAGGAGCAGGAAGGCAAGGCCGAGGUCGUCAAGCCCAAGGCUGUCCCCGCCGCCUCUUCCUCGUCUGCCUAG